UCAAUCAGCGUUUUUUCCAUCCCCUUCAUUCCUCAAGUUCGAUGGAAAACAGCGUUUUCGAGUAUCCACCCCUGGAAGAUGUCGACACAGUCAGGUAUAUGAUUCUAGAGGCUGGAAAACCUAACGACGAUCUCUCAUGCAUUCUUUAUCCAGUAAGAUCGAAUGAUGCAGGAAGAUAUCUGGCAUUGUCUUAUGUCUGGGGUGACCCGAACCGUCGAGAUGCAGUCAUUACGUGCAACGGAGCACCUUUGAAAAUCACCAAGAGUCUGCAAGACGCUCUGAAGGAGAUCCGUCAAACCGAUGAAAGUGUUUCCAUAUGGGCGGAUGCAAUCUGUAUCAAUCAAGCUGAUCUCACUGAGCGUGCCGAGCAAGUCAUGCACAUGGCAUCGAUCUACAGAGAUGCAUGGAAAGUGAUCGUAUACCUAGGACCUGACUCCCAAGGAAACGCAUCGAAGGUCUUUGAGAUUGCGGAGAGGUUAGCAACCGACGAGGCAUAUGAGGACCGUUUCUUUCGUGACUGGAAAAACAAGAAGACGCAUAUCACACUGUUGAAGUGGUUAGCAGGUCUCCCGUGGUUUCAUCGCGUAUGGACAACACAGGAAAUUGGACUAGCAAUGUCAGCGAUGUUCAUUUGUGGGGCGGCGCGAAUCGAAUGGGAGGUUCUUCACCGAGCCUUCGAGCUACUGGCGACGAGAGCAACCGCCCAGCAACUUCGAACGGCCAAUUUCAACCCAAAGAGAAUCAGCAGUCUCUAUCUUUCUUUCUUCCAAGAAAAUGCAUAUCUAUCGGUGUUGGCACGCAUGCGCACAAGGCAUACAAGCGAGCCUCGCGACAGGAUAUACGCAACUUUACAUCAUGCCGGAGCUCGAAUUGGGGACGAAAACGGAGAUAGGGGAAUAGUGAGGGUGGAUUACAACAAGGACUUACAGGAAAUCUAUAUUGAAACGGCCGUGGGGAUCUUGACGAGAACGGAGUCGCUUGACUUUCUGUCAUAUGCAGGGUUCCGGGACCUGUCAACGCCACUACCUUCUUGGGUGCCGCAGUGGCAUGCUGAUCCUCGAACGCAUCUUCUUUCUGCUGGCGAAGAAGAUCAAUUCAGCGCUUCGGACGGACUGGAUGUGGGUGGAAAUGACGAGGAACCGAUUUUCCAGGUUUACGACAAAAAGCUCCGAGUUCAUGGAAUUCACUGCGACGUCAUUGAUUGGGUCUCACAAGAUUGGGCAAGGGCAGACCUCAAUUCCAAGCCCGGACUACGUAUCAAACAGACGUGGUCCAAAAUCAAGGAUAGAGCUUAUGUGAUAUACGGACACAGCAUACUUCAAGCGCUUAUGCGAACGUUGGUAGGAGGUGAUGAAUCUGAGACAACAACGCAGGAUUUCAGCUCUUUUUGGCGCAUCCUCUGGGACGAUAAAGCUCCAUAUUCGCAGCUGCUCCAGAGCACAGCAACCACAGUAGCCGAAGAUAAGCUCGAAGAAUCUGCGCUUUUCUCCGCGCAAGCAUGGUAUGCGCUGAAAGGCCGGAAGAUUUUCCAGACAAAAGGCGGGUACAUUGGUAUAGGUCCUCAAACUCUGGAGAAAGGAGAUUCGCUCUUUGUUCUAUGUGGUGGCAAAGUUCCUUUUGUUCUUCGCAACUCAGGCUCUGAUGGGUACAGACUGGUGGGAGAAGCCUAUGUUGAUGGAAUCAUGCAAGGACAAGUGGUGCAUUGGCUGAGGCCUGGAGGACAUCAGAUAGUGCCUCUCCAGAUGCACUGA